AGGUUACAAAUUGAAUAUAGUCCAGCCCAAGCAGCCAUAUUGCGCAGGUAUACUUUCGCGCGAGGUGGGGACUGAUUCAUUCUUACUGAUAACCCACCCUACCCUUGUCAGCUAACUUUACCACAACGCGAUGGCAGCAACUCAAAAAUCCUUUGCGAAAGGGAGUUCUCCUCCUGGUCCUGUUCCCAAGGGUCACAUCAGGCUGUACAGCAUGAGAUUCUGCCCUUUUGCCCAGAGGACCAGGCUUGUGCUCCAUGCCAAGGGCAUCAAACAUGAGACAGUCAACAUUAACCUGAAAGACAAACCUGAUUGGUUUUUGGAGAAGAACCCUCUUGGACUUGUGCCAACGCUAGAGACUGUGAAUGGUCAGGUGAUCUAUGAGUCACCAAUCACAUGCGAGUAUCUGGAUGAGGUGUAUGCAGAGAAGAAAUUGCUCCCUUCUGAUCCAUUUGAGAAGGCUCAGCAGAAGAUACUUCUGGAACAUUUCUCCAAGGUCACUCCGUACUUCUAUAAGAUCCCAAUGGGCAAGAAGAACGGUGAGGAUGUGUCAAGCCUAGAAGCAGAGCUGAAGGAGAAGCUGUCUAAACUAAAUGAGGUAUUGGUCAACAAGAAAACCAAAUUCUUUGGAGGAGAUUCUGUCACGAUGAUCGACUACAUGAUGUGGCCCUGGUUUGAGAGGAUGGAGAUGAUGGAGUUGACGCAUUGUUUGGAUGGCAAUGCUGAAUUCAAGAAAUGGGUCCAAUUCAUGCUGCAGGACCCUACUGUCAAGGCCACCAUGUUCAGCACUGACAUUUACAAGGCCUUUUACAAAUCCUACAUGGAUGGCAAACCAGACUAUGACUAUGGGCUGUGAGCUCCAUGGUGACUGCGAUGGAUGAUUUCUGGCGGCCUUCCCUUGACUAGUCUUUUUAAUGUUGAUUUGACUGAAGCAAACGGGUGAAGAGGAAAGGUUCACGGACUGUAGUCACUGAUCAAAUCUUACUGAAAUUUCAAUAAGGACUUUUGUAAUUAAAACAAAAUGGUUUAUUUUCUUUUUUUUUAUGUAGGAAAAACUGUCUUUUUGGUGUUUUCAUUUUAGCACUUUAGGGUUUGAGAUAUAAAUUAACAUUUCGUGACGAUCUUUUUUACAAGUUGUUGUCAGCUGCCUUUAUUAGUAAAUAAAGACAGUCUUGUUUCAAUUCAA